AUGGCUGAAGAAGCACCGAAAAGCAGACCGAGUCGAGACAUCAAAUGGGACACCGGAGCGUGGCGUCCGAUCGAUGCACCAUGCGCCACAUGUCACGAGAAGUCCUCGGAAAAGGCAGCAGUAGUGAGCAACGCAUCGCCGCGCCCGGGCCGACAGGUGUCGCCCUCUGCAGCACCGCCAGCACCAGCGUCGAUUCAGGUACAGGUGACGCCAUCGUCGGUACCGAAACCCAGCCGUCCGCAGCAGCCACAGCAGCAAUCCAACAACGUCCGAAUUCCAUUGAAGCCGACCACGUUGUUGUUUCAAGUCGGGCCUCAGAUCGUUCAGCCCGUUGAAAUCGCCCCAGCCGUGGUUCCCGGCUUCUUGUUCCCUGCUGGAGAACCCCGACGAAAACCCAGCGACCAUAUGCACCCACCACCACACCGGGUGCCGGUUGGAAGCCCCAUCUCCCAAUCGUUCUUCCCAUCCAGUGGUCGUAACCCCAAUAAUAAUAAUAACAACCGCCCUCCACCACCAUCGCCACAGACGAAACCCGGCACCACCGUGCUCCUCCUGCCCACCCACCGCAACCCAUCCCAACCCGCAGCACCAGCACCCGCCGCCGACAAGGUCAUCAUCGAAGUGAACAAAAGCCCCGAGAAACCCGAGUCCGAAAUCACAGUUGGCAAAAGCGUGUCUGGCAGUGGCAAACCCCGGGUGCAACUCAUCUACAUUCCAGCUGCGACUCUCCGGGGUCGCAAGGACCCCCUGGAGAACAUCAAGGGACCCGUGACUGACAAGCUGCUCGCGGAAUUGAAUCUACCUGGAGCCAAGAUCGUCAGCGUGGUGAAAACUGAUCCCGCAGAGACUCAGCAACACAAUCGUCAAGCCCCGGGUUUGAAGCAACUCAGUCCCUUCAGUGUCAACGGGAAACUCAACCUGGACUUUGUGAGAUCCUUCUUGCCCUCGGGGGCAGAACUCGUCAGCAUCCGUGGACUCAAUGGCCAGCUGGAUGUCGACGGAUCUUUCGAGAAAAAGACCCCCAGCCAGAGUCCGAGUCAGAGUUUCAGUAAUAGUGCCAACAGCAUUGAGACUGGCUUCAACUCGCCCUUCUUCACCAACAGCCCGUUUCAGAACUUUUCCCCGAAAUUCCGACAGCCAUCAUCGUCUUCGUCAUCAAAGUCCUCCUUGCCGAGCAAACAACAAGUCUUCAGCUCUCAGAACGACAAUAAUAAGGCAGCAUCAUUUGAACAUAAUGUCGACCUUCCAGAGCAACACGGACCUUUGUCACUUGUCCUCAACUCCAAGGCCUUCAAGGUGGAACAAGACCUGAGUCUCAUGAUCCACAAUCUAGACAAGAAGAACAAGAUCGACAUUGAUGAAGUCAUCAGGUCCCUGCGCAACAUCAACUCUGGCAGCCUUGCCAACUUCCACAGCGACUUUGGCAAAGACGUAGACUAUCCCAAGGUUUUCAUCGCUCCAGCGACCCUCUCGCCACCUGCCGGCUAUGCGAAAAUCGACCUGAAGAUACCCAAGGUUCAAGUCACUUCUGGCCCCAAAGCCCCGAAUUCGAAUCUUCCCAAUGCCUACAUUGCUUCCCGAGAACAUCUGCCGCCAGAUGGCUACGUGAAGAUUGACCUGCCUGAAGAAGUGAACGCGAAUACGAUCCCAGAGACGAAGCAGUUUGUGGGUUUCAAAGACAGUCAUGAGAAGACCCUGGAGUCCGGAAGUCACUUCCUGCCAAGGCCCUUUGUUCGUCCGAGUGUCGCCGACAGCAUUGCUAGUUUGAAUCAGUUUUGGAUCCAGCCAGCCAAGUCCAACAGCCACGAGAAUGAUAGAUUUGCCAGUAGUGGCACCACAACAACUGCUUCUCCAUUGCCAUCACAAACAACCACUGCGAGUCAUUCAGGAUUCAGAUUCUGGCCGACUACAAAUCAGUCUCCGUUCCCAUUCCAGAGCCUGUUCCCGAGCAGCCUUCAGACCAGUGGUGGGUUCGUCGCCACAACCACGCCGACUCCGACGACAACCACAGUGUACCACCUGCCUUCGACCACAGCGAGACCAUUUGUCUUUCCUACAACAUACAAAUCCACGUUUCCGAAGGCAUUUUUCCCUCCGCCGCAACAACAGCUUGAUGUGACGAAACAGCCCAACAACAAUGGGGGUGUUGGACACUUGCCUGAGGCCUUCAUUGGACCAUCUGAUAUUGAGACACCUGACGGGUAUGUGAAGAUUCAAUUGCCUGUGCCUGGGAUCGAGAACCCGAGAGGGGGAAACGGGGAUGGGUUCAGGAACCUGGACGAGGACGAGGAGAACACAGGUGCGUUGCCAGAGUUCUUCAUCGCUCCUGCGGACCAAGAACCACCAGAGGGUUAUGUGAGAAUCGCUCUUCCCGUGGCUGCGACCAAGAACAAUCAAAUUGAUGGCGACAAUAAUGAAGACGACAGAUAUGAGCCGACUUUGCCUCCAACUACGAUCGAAAGUACCACCACGACAACGACUUUAUCGACGUCAAGCACGCCCGUCUUUGGUCGACAGAUCCCAGGGAGAUUGUUUGGAAAUCAAUUGGGGUUAUCGGGAGAUGAUAAUAACGCCGAUUUGCAGAGUGUGAAUAGGCAAAGGGUUCCAGUUAGACCUAGACCUGCUUAUUUGAGGCCAAGAGGCAGACCCACGCAGGAGCCAGCUGCUGUGCAGGGCACCACUGCUGCACCCAGGGCUGAAGACAGCCAGGUGAUCAAGUCCAGAGAAGCAACACUGUUCCCACCUUACCAAGAGGCUGUGAAAAGAUUCAGAGGUCGGUACCACAACGACAUCAAGGAAUCCGAGACACCAGCAGCAGCAGCCGCCACUCCGGACGCCCCAGCACCAGUGGAGACCACCACGUCAAGCACCACGACUGUGUCCACCGUCCGCCCGGGAUUCGGAACCCGCACCAUCCGUCGCCCAAUCAACGGUGUCCGCCGAAAGGUGCUUCUCAAUCGUCGUCCCAUCGCCAGGACCCAGGAACCCCAAGACGAAACCCCGAAACCACAAGAAACCGAAUCAGUUCCGCCUGCGACCACGACGGAGGGGUCGACUGAGCAUGACUCUUCCCGAGACCUGGAAAUCAGCGGAUCCCGAUUCGUGUACCAUCAUCAGCCUUCGGAAGUUGACCAGGUCCUGCAGUCUGACCCCUGGUGGGUUCAUAUCAACAGCAAGCCCUCAGGCGAACUGAAGGACAAUGAAAAUAAUGACGACUACACCCAGGAGAACGAGGAGAACGAAACCUUGGACCCAGCUUCCCGAGAAGACAGCUCCAAAAAUGACGACAAGACCGGCGCUUACUCGUCAUUCGUGUCGAUGCCUGCGGACAAUGAAGCCAUUUCCCCCGUUGCAGAACCAGAGCCAGCAGCAGCAAAUGUGAACUCAGCUGACAGCAAGGACUCCUCUUCAUCCCUCGAACAAGGACAACUGGAAGACAACGAAGGAGAAGAAGAAGACCCCCAGCGGAGUGUCGAGUCAGCAGAGGAAUCGAAAUCCUCCAGCAGCGAGCAACAGUCCCCUGUCACAGCCACUCCAGAGCCAUUCACAGCCACGAUCCCAGCCCUGAAACACCUCCUGGAACAACAAGGCAUCAACAGUGACUACGUCGAAGACAUUGCCAGGGAGCUGCUGGAUGCUGAGCAACAACAACAACAACAACAACAAGCAACCCGACUGGAAUCCCCUGAUGCUUCAGACAAAUACCUGUGGAAAUACACGGCCAUCAACCGACCGACGAAUCGCGAGGACAUGGGUGCUGAAGAAGAGAAGAGCGACAGCAAAGAGCCAGAAGACCUCGUGGAGGAACCCGAACUUCCCGAGGACGAGCUCAUCUUGGAACCCGAACAGAGACCCGCGAAACCCGUCAAUCAGUCCCCACCGGAAAUGUCGACCGUGGCUCCAGUAGCUGAAGUGGAAGAAAACUCACAAGUCGAAGAGGGUGACGGGGAAUCUGUUCCGAACCCGAAUGACAUUAAAAUCCUUGGGGUUUCAACAGCCACUGAACGUUCCCAGGUUUCAGUCAUUUGUUUCAAGAAUAAGUGCGUCAAGCAGGAAGAAGAGGAAUACUGAAGCAAUGCAGCCAGUGAAUAAAAAAAAAAAAAAAAUCAGAAAGAGAAAAAACAGCAGUGUUUCCAACGCAGCAGGAAUCGUCGUCGAGUGUUCCAACUUGACCUAGGUUAUUUAUUUUUCCAGAAAACCCAUUUUGCAAGUAUUGAUGUUCGAGCUAUUCCAACUUCUUGCUCUCUUUUCAACUCUCCGAAUGCUCAAACGAUACGUGGAACGACCUGAUGAAAACGGAGAGGGAACUUUUUUUUGUUUGUUGAGAAGAUGCCCUGAGGAUAUUUUGUUUUUAUUAUUUGUUGCUGAAGGUGCAGAAUUUUGGAACAAUUUUCCCGCACUUUGUUACCGUUUGUUAACUAAACGACGCAUCUAGUCGACGAAGAAAGUUUCGGAUCUUUUCUUAUUACCAUCCUUGUGAAAUGCGAUUACCAUGAAGGAAAAAGUGUGGGUAGUUUUCCUGGCAGCUAUUGUGCAUCUUUUUUUUUUUUUUUUUCGUGCUUUCGGAAGGAAGCAAAUAUACUGUUGUAUUCUGUGUUUGUGCUUAUAGUUGUUGCCAGUGCUUCUGUGCUCGGUUCUUGUUAUUGCUUUGAUUGUUGGUUAGACUGAAGAAAAAAAGUCCCUGCUUUUUUUAGGCAAAAAUAUGCAUUUUAUGCAUUUGAUUCUCUCCGGGAUUGAAGUUUGUGUGGGAAAAUUACGCGAUAGCAACCGG